AAUCGCCGUUUUAUAUUCACGUGCAUGUGCCAGCAUCGAAGGUUUCCGGCAAUUCUGAAAUAAGUAACGCCAACUAGUCGGUAGCCAAUGGGGCUCCUUCAAAAGCUGGGCAUGCGCCGCCCAUCGGAGUGGGACAGUCUCACACUGGUCGACCAUCUGUUAAACUCACCACUGGAAGCCUUGACCCUUUGGAUAUACUGGGCUGUGGUCUGGAUCCGGGGGAACCCCAUCCGCCCACCACGGGACAAGAAGCCGAUACGCAUCGUGUGUCUGUCUGAUACUCAUGAUGGUAUCGUAGACCCGGUUCCAGAAGGCGACCUGCUGAUUCAUGCGGGCGAUCUCACCAACAGCGGCACAGCAACUGCUAUCCAGAAGCAGAUUGACUGGUUAGCUGGUCUGGGACAUAGGCAUAAAGUACUGAUUGGCGGAAACCAUGACUGUCAACUGGACAAGUCUUGGAGGUAUCGAGAUGAGAAGGCGAUCAUAGAUCUCAAAGAUAUUAACCUACUGGACUCUGAGACGAAGAAAACGGGCGAACCAAUAACCCUGCGCUUCGACGAUGGGCGCAAACUGACACUUUGGGGUUCCUCCAUAUUGCCAAGAUGUGGACCCGACACAGAUAAUGCUUUCAUGUAUGAUGCCAACAGUAACCCCUGGGAUGGCUUGAUACCGCAAGGUGUUGAUGUACUCGUGACCCACACACCACCGGCUUACCAUCUCGAUCUUGCGAUUGGGUGCCCAAGUUUGCUGAAGGAGAUAUGGCGUGUGAAGCCCAAGCUCCAUGUUUUUGGCCACAUUCACUGUGGUCGUGGUACGCAGCCCGUGUACUGGGACGAUUGUCAGAGGGCAUACGAGAGACUUCAGCAACGGCAGCCAUGGAUUAUCGGCCAGCUCCCCAAGCAGCUCAAUAAGCUACUUCCGAGGGCAACGAUGGAUUUCGUACCGAGUUAUCGAUGGAUUGAUGCGGCAAAAGUCCUGGUUUAUGGCUUCAAGAGCCUUAUCUGGCAUUUCUUGUGGCAGGGAGGCAGAGGUUCCGGCAGUGAAGGUUUGAUGGUGAACGCCGGGUGCCAGGACCAGAACAACGAAAGGCUCACGCAAAAACAGCCUAUUGUGGUCGAGAUCUAACAUGAUUCCCUCACACUAUUCCUAACAGAACCGGUAGUCGCAUGUUUGUAGACAACGGAAGCUAUCCCUCAGGUCUGUUAAAAAGAUCAAAUCAUAAAGACUAGCCAAGUUGGUACUUGGGAGCUAUCAGAGUU